GACAACCUCUCUUUCUCUCUCAUCAGAUCCUUCUCUCUCUAGAACUCGGGUCAUCUUUCUACGGAUCCGGGGUUUUACUCGAAGGUUUAUUCAAAACCCUUUUGAUGUUUGAUUCACCCAAAUCAAUUCCCCGCUCUUCAAAUUCAAACAGCAAGUGUUCAUAAAUUUGUUUGUCUAAGUGUUUGAAUUCCCGUUUUUGAAUUUACCGAAUCACUGAAGCCCUGUGCGCGUACCGCCGAUGUUGGAAUGAAGUGAUAUGAAGUUGCUAAUAUGAGCGAUGGAGGAGGUGGCGAGAGUUCAAAAGAAAUCGAAUCAGCUUUGAAGAAGAGAAGGAAAAACGAUGAAUUUCCACAGGCGAUUGCGAGAAUUGCAGUGGCUCAAGUAUGUGAGAGUGUAGGGUUUCAAGGUUUCCAGCAGUCUGCACUUGAUACAUUCUCUGAUGUGGCCUGCAAAUAUAUCCGUGAGAUUGGGAAGACAUCAAAUUUCUACGCUAAUUUAGCUGGUAGAACAGAAUGUAAUGUGUUUGAUAUAAUUCAAGGGUUGGAAGAUUUGAGUCUCUCACAAGGGUUUCUAGGAGCUUCCGAUAGAGAUCAUUGUUUAUCAGGAUCUGGUAUCAUCAAAGAGAUUUCACAAUUCGUUAAUUUAUCUGAAGAAAUAGGAUUUGCUUACUCUGUUCCUUCCUUUCCAGUAAUCAAAGAACGAAAGUUAACACCAAGUUUCUUGCAAUCUGGAGAAACACCCCCUACAGACAUCAUCCCUCCUUGGUUACCUAAAUUCCCUGAUUCCAACACAUAUAUUAGCAUCCCUCCAUCCAUUACUGAAGAAACUCGAAUGAUCCCUAAUAGAAUUGAGCAAGAACAGAGGAUCCUUGAGCAACCAUCUUCAAAAUUGGAGCAAAAUUUGACACGUAAUGAAUCUGAAUUCCCAAACAACCCUUUCCUUUCUGUGCCUCUACAACCUGGGGAGAAGGAGGUUUCUUUUGUUUCAAUUCCUAGUAAACUUAAAGAAGAAGAUGAGAAUGAGGUACAAAAUCACAGCUCAUGGGGGAAUCAUGUUUCUUCAUUGGAUAUUGUUCCACCAAAUCAGGCAGUUAAUCAGAACAGUGGUUGUGAUACAGAAGAAGGUAGCAGAAAAGUUCUUUUGAACAAUAGACCCUCAGUUCAAAUGAAGUUUCACAUUCCCAAAAAGCCCUUGGAUACUACAGACACACCACACAAUGAGAAAGGAAAAGCAGAAGUUGUGUCUUGGUUUGUGAAUGAUGAGAAAGAAAAGAUAACAACAGAGAAACUUGUGAAAGAACAACAACAACCAAUGGAUAUUGAAGAGCAUAAUGGAAAUGAUUCAGUUGUAAAUUAGGAACAUUAGAUUAGGGUUUGUAUACUAGUUUGGAAUCCUAGCAGCACAUGCUAAUUCCGGAGUAGUCAAAGUCAAAAGUCAAAGCCAAGGGCAUAUAUCUACUAGAGGGGAAUGUUGAAUGUUCCCACAUUAACAGGUUUUCUGAGGUAUGUUUGUAGUUCCCAGUCAAUGAUAAUUCUUUUCAAUUAAAAUUCUUUACUUUUUGCCUA